GCCCCACCAAUAUCAAUAGUACCAUUGACUUUUUAUUAUAGUUGAUAGUCUACCUUUACAUUUUUACAUAACCACAAUACUGACAAGUGAGAUUUUGCCUUUCUUAAAACGAAUUUCUUCAAUCAACUCAUAAAGUCAUUUUCGAUUAGUGAAAUUUGUUAUAUUCUUGAGUAAAUUAAACGACGAAAUGGCCAGACGUGGACGUUCUCCAUCACCUGCACCCAGAAGGUCUGCAGUCCCAGCUAGAACACAGCAACAUGCACCAGCACCACAACAUCAACCCACACAAGUAGCACCAGCUCAACCACAACAACCUGGAUUAUUUGCCCAAAUGGCUGCUACCGCUGGAGGUGUUGCUGUUGGUUCUGCUAUUGGCCACACAGUUGGUCAUGCAGUUACUGGAAUGUUCGGUGGUGGUGGUUCCCGCGAUGAAAUCCAACCUCAAGUUCAACAAGCACCAGUAAUGCCAAUGGAGCAAACUAGUCAGCAAGGUGGUGCUUGUGCUUUUGAAAUUAAGCAGUUUUUGCAGUGUGCACAAAACAAUGAUGAUAUUUCAUUGUGCUCUGGAUUUAAUGAAGCUAUUCGCCAAUGCAAAGAAGCUAACCGUUUAAUGUAAUUAAGAUAACCAAUAAAUGAACACUGAAAUUAGUUGCAAAAUUAUUUUAAACAAUGUAUUUCUAAUGUUAAAAUAUAGAAUCAGUACUAUGCAAGUUGUUUUUUACAUUAGUUAUUUUAUAUAUAAUAUACAGAUCAAUAGAAUGUUAUUA